GAUCCGGUUUGGACUUGCACAAUAAGAGCCGCAAAGACGGGUGAGAUGGCUCAGGUGCGGCGGGCAGUGAGCGAUGCAUUGUGGGGGAUGUGUGCGGCCGACUCCAUGUCCAUGCCGGUCCACUGGUACUAUGACACCGAAGACAUCAGGAGGGACUUCAGAGGCUGGAUAUGCGACUUCCAGCCCCCCAGACAGAGACACCCGUCCAGCAUCCUCAGCCUGUCUAACACAGCUGGCAGCGGUCGGACCGCCUGGUCAUCUGGCACCAGCCGACCCGAUGUGGUCGGUAACGUGAUCCUCCACAACAAGCUGGACCUGUGGAAGUCAUCCGCCGGCUCCACCCACUACCAUCAAGGUCUCCAGGCGGGGGACAACACCUUGAACGUCCUGUGUUCCCUUCGAGCAGCCCGCUCGCUCGUCACAAGAUGUUUCAGCGACGUCUCUCAGGCAGACGCUCGAGCUGCCGUCCUGUCAGACUACGUCCACUUCAUGACCACACCUGGCUCGCACCAGGACACCUACGCUGAGUCCUUUCACCGCUCCUUCUUCUCCAGCUGGCAGGACAGCAGACCCACCUCCCCCCGUCAGGUUUUGGCGUUUGCAGAAAAACACUCCAGAAUCCAGAUGAGUUUGUCGUUCCCCGACAGCCAGCUGGAUGCCAUCGGCUGCCUUCCCAUGAUCCUCCCCUUCAUCCUGCUGUCGGCCUCGGCCAAUGAGGAGCGAGCUGUCUCAGCAGCAGUGGAGUUUGUGAAGCUCACACACCCCCACCCCAAUGUGCCCGAGUACGUGUCCAUCUACAGCCGAGCGCUACACGCUGUGCUGGGCGGAGCCAGUGUCCAGCAGCAGGCUGAACACGCUCUGAGGAAGCUGGGCGCCUGGGAAGCCUGUCAGAGCUACAGCCGCCGUGCCGCCAGGUUCCCUGUAUCCUCUGAAGAACGUCUGUGGGUCCAUCAGAACGCCGUGAAGCACCUGGGUCUGGCCUGCUACACCAAAGGGGCUCUAAGCAGCAUGUUUUACCUGGCCCACCAGUUUCAUGAUGACCCGCCAGGAGGAAUCCAGACCAACACCAACUGUGGAGGUGAGAACUGUAACCGCGGUGCCGCACUGGGGGCCCUGCUGGGGGCCGGAGGCUCCUACAGUGAAGCCACCAUCCCUCAGGAGUGGAAAGACGAGCUGAGAGACGCUCAGGAGUUUAUUCCCGACGUCCUGAAGCAUCUGCAGUGAGAACAGCACCACCCCCUGAAUGAGUGGAGGGGAACUGAUUCUGUGUUUACUACACCUUCUAUUUUUUAUUUAUUAUUUGGUAAUAAAAACCUGUUCCUUCAUAA